ACUGUUGUUCUAGAAGCAUGAGUCGCCAGGGAACAUAACCAACUGAUAUCCGAAAAUAGGCUGCUAAACUGAACAAUUGCACAGCUAAAAAACUGACACACGGACAAUGUGGAGCUGGAUUUCAUCUUGACGUCCAUCAUUAACAUACAGCUCGUCACACCAUUCUUGAUAUGAAUUGAUUUCUUCGUGCCAAUCUCAAUCGAUCAGCGGACGGAGGAACGGUUUGAAUUCAGUCUAUGUUAACUGUUAACUAGCUAACCCUAGCUCAUAACUUGGCUUUGACUUCAUACCGUCUGCCAGAAAACCAGUGAACACCAAGGAGCAUUUUCAAUGAUUUGAUGACCAUGAGACGGAGCCCAAGGAGACCCCUGAUCCUCAGAAGAAGAAAGUUGCCUUUUCAGCAAAAUGAUCCACCAGCAGCUGAAUCGCAAAGCCAAUCUGGUGCAACAGGCUCCAAUGAACCUUCCAAAUCAGCUGCCAGUCAGUGCUUCCCUGAUGGUAUCCACAUUAUGGAUCACCCUUCUAUGUCUGACACACAGGUGGUUGUCAUUCCCAAAACAGCAGACCUUCAAAGUGUUAUUGGGGCCCUCACUGCCAAAGGCAAAGAGUGUGGUGUCCAGGGACCAAACAAGUUCAUCCUUCUCAGUGGGAAUGGCAGCCCUGACAAUGGAUCUUUUUGUCAGCCUGCUGCUGAAGAGGAUGAUGUCUCUACAAGGAGUACAGUUGGACAACCAGUGAAAGCAGAAACUAUGCACUCACCAGAUGCUAAACCACUCACUGGAAUUAAACCAUUGAAUAAGGAUCUGGAUUGUGGCCCUUUAGAUGACAGCCUCACCAAUAUUCAGUGGCUGGGCAGAAUGAGCACAUGUGCCUUAGAACCAGAUCCUGCCAAGCAGAUGACCAACAAAGAGAACCAAAACUCAAAUUUACAGACUUUUCAGGCACAAAAUACACAAAUCGAUGCAGAAGCUGUUCAACAACCCAUGUCAGAGAGGCCACCAUACUCCUACAUGGCCAUGAUCCAGUUUGCUAUCAACAGUCGGAAGAACAGGAGGAUGACACUGAAAGAGAUUUACAUGUGGAUCGAGGACCACUUCCCUUACUUCAGAGAGGUGUCCAAACCAGGAUGGAAGAAUUCCAUCCGCCAUAACCUCUCUCUACACGACAUGUUCAUUCGUGAGACGUCACCAGAUGGUAAAAUUUCUUUCUGGACUAUCCGGCCUGAGGCCAAUCGAUGCCUCACUCUUGAUCAAGUGUACAAGCCUGGUUGUGACCCAAUGACUGCUCCUGUUCCGGUGCCAAUGUUUUUAUUUCCCCACCAACAACAAAAGAGGAUGCUUCCCGAUGCAAGAAAAACACCAACUGGCUCUGAGAGAAGGAUGAAACCUCUUCUCCCUCGAACCGAUUCCUACUUGGUUCCCAUCCAGCUCCCCGUCACCUCCUCCGUCUACCUGCCAUCCUCAUCGGCCCAGUUUCCCCCCUCCUGCUCGCAGCAGAAACGGAACACUCCACGAGGAGCCAAGAGAGUGCGGAUAGCUCCUAAGGUGACACAAUGUGAUGUACCAGCUGUAGCAAUGUAUCCUCAGAAGAGCAAUGACCUCAAGGUGAAGGAGGAGCCGGUAUGUGUUCCAAUUAAAUGCGAGACUCCGAAGUCCCUUCCGAAGAGACAAGCCAGCAGCUCUCGACGUAAACAGCGCCUGGUUCACUCUCUGCACGAGGAGCCCGUCCUCCUCUGCCCUGAUAAUACUUUCUUUGACUCUGGCGUAGCAUCUGAUGCUUCAACUUUCCAAGACAUGAGAGAUACUGAGCUGGACGAGCACCAGCAUGAGCAGCACAGCCCCGAUCGGGAGUUCUCCUUCAAGACCCCCAUAAAAAGUGGCAGCCAUCUGACCUCCUCCACGCCCAGCAAGCCUCCCUCUAAUAUAUUACCCGAGCCCUGGAAAGUGACCCCUGUGGGCAAAGGGAGCCAAAACGUUCUGGACUUCAGCCCCAUUCGCACACCAGGUGGCCCUGCAGUCACACCGCGGCACGACUACACCACCUUCAGCUUCAACAGCACUCCCUUUAAAGACUUGCCUCUGUUUAGCUCCCCCAGAGAGCUGCUCACAUCCGCUCCCUCCAGAGUGACCGGGCCAACGGACUCUCCUAUCAACUGUCUCAGAAGCAGCUGCUCCAGAGAGCUGCUUCAGGCGGGAGGCGCAACACCCGCUAACCGCUCCAUCACAGAGGGCCUUGUCCUGGAUACAAUGAAUGACAGCCUGAGCAAGAUACUAGUGGACAUUAGCUUCUCUGGUCUGGAUGAUGAGGACCUAGGUAUGGCCAAUAUCAGCUGGUCUGAGUUCAUUCCUCAAUUUAAGUAGCCCGAAUCUGUUUUCCAAAACACUAUAGGUGGGAAACCCCACACAGAAACAGCAAAGCAGAUGCAAAUUUUAAAAAAAGACCAAUCUUUGAAGAAGAAAAAAACUGUACACCAAAAUUUUAGGAAAUUGUCAGAUUUGGAGACGGUUUAUGAAGAUUAUAGCAACUGGAUUAAAAGGAACAUUCUUUAUUUAUAAUGAUAACUGAAAUAAAUCAAUUUUGUCAGAGUGAGACACGAAAUACAAGUAGAUACAGAUAACACAAUUAGGCAUAUGACCAAGAAUAUUAAGCAUACCUUUAGAAUAUCGUCAAUAUUUUAAAAAUAAAUAAUUGCCAGAAGUUGAGUUAAUUAGCUUGAAGAUAACUAUUACAUGAACUGAUUCGUAUAUGGAUUAAAGGUAAAAAUCCAUAAUGUUUUGUAGUUUGAUAUAUUGUUAUUCUAUUCAUCUGGUGGAGUGUGGUGGAGCACCAAAAAAAUCACAUUUACUGUGGUUGUCUGGUUGACUCUGCAAAUUGCAUCUAAUUUCAUCGCUUUGGUAAUAUAUUCAUAUUACCCAUAUUAUCGGUUGAUGAUAUUGUCACUGUCAACAACACCAAAGUAAAACAACUUAACAAAAGUGACACUAGAUGCUGUCGCAUUUGCUGUAGUUUGAAUGUGAUUCAAUUUACGAAUUGCAGCUUUAAUAUAAUGUAUGUACCCUUCAAUUCGGCUGCUGUAGUCGUUCAUUUGAACCUUUUUAUAGCUUUAACGCCUCUUUUGUUUAAAGACCGUUUGAGUUUGCUUCUUUUGCACAUCUGCUUUGCUUUCUUCUGGGUGUUUCUGGCUGCCGUUGGGGGGGGGGAUUUAUUAAUUAAUGACAGGGACACUUUAAUUUUCAUUACCAGGUCAAAUUAGCAAGCUGCUCACUUGUUGUCCCUCACUUUGGAUGUUUCUCUCCACCUCUGGCUUACCUUUUCAUUGGUUCCAUCACUAAUUAACUGCCUCUUUUUAUCACUUUUUUUCUGUCCGUAAAACUUCCCAUGUGGAAAACUUCACACAUGGUCCUGUUUUCUUUUAUCAUUUAUUCUACAUGUCAUAUCCGUCUGUACUCUUGAAGGAAUCGCUAGAGAAGAGAAAUAUGUAUGUUGAUUUGCACAUUUUAAUAUAUAAUUUAGCUUUUACAUAUGUAAAUGGAAAGACGAUAUAUUGCCUGAUAAGCCAGUGAGAUGCUUCUGUGCCGUUUGGUUCAGACAGCCUCCUGGAGUCGACUUUUAGAUUGUGAUGCAGGAUUGUUUAGCAAUAAACAAUGGCAAAGUAAUAAAGAUAGCACUAACAGGAGUAGGAUUGUCUCUGUACAUUAAUAGUAGAACUGUCUUCACCUUUUGACUUUAUACAUCCUUACAGUAAUUGUUCAUCUGUAUGCCAGUAUCAGCUUAUGGGCACUUUGUACCUGCAGAGAGGGACAUUUUGCAUGCAGUGACUCCUCAUUUUAUCUCCAUAUUUGGAGGAUAGGAUGGGAGAUAUACCCCUUUUUGAAAAAGCCACAAAAUAAUGUAUGGCUUACUGUGAGUUGAUCUGUUUACAAAUGGAUUGGUGCUGUAUGGCAUGCAAGAGUGAAAUGUGGUUUCUAGCAAAUGAUUUUGAAAAUAUAUGCCUUGAUGUGUUUUCUAAAGUUGGUGUUUCUAUGACUGUACAAUAAAUCUGUUGGUGUUUGCGUCUCAUGCAACAUAAAUGUCA